CUCCGGCAAAGGGGCAAUUGUCAUCACCCGCGGAACCCAGGGCGGUCUCCCAACCAUCCGUGCCCCUAUUAAACAGCCAUGCGGGAAAGGACAAAGGGAUGUGCCACCGCCCCCAAUACCCGGAGUCCCAGCCGCCGCCACAACCCCCCAACCGAUGCAACAGACUGUAGGACCCCAGUCGCCCCCUACGCCCGGAGCAGGACAGGAUCCCCACCUGGAGCCCUGCCAUACAGAUAAGUGUGGGACCCACCCACCGUCCUAUUACUGUUGCUAAUCGUUAAUUUCAAAUGUACGUUCGCUGCCACCCCUCGCAGAUCAAAUGGAUUGGACGUCUAUAAGAGUCAACGGCAGCCAAUUAGUUAAUCAUAAAAUGGAGUUUUGAGUAAAAAUGAGUCAGCCUUUCAAAGAUAAUACUCUAGAUUGGAAAAAGCUGUCACAAAAGUGAAAGUUAAAGGAAUUGGACUGAACAAUGCUUGGCACUAUCGCCCUCGUGGAGAACAUCCAAGCACUCGCAUUCCUCUCUUUCUUUUGUCGCGGCCCAAAAACUGCCAUCGGUGUAACAACUGUGGUGAUGCAAGAAAACCCACGGGGCGGAGCAUGCGGGGAGGAGAAAAACAAACCACCUCACUCCACGCUUUCUAAGUGUUCAGUCUCCAGAGAGGUGCGACACAUGGAGUUGCCACUAUUUCAAGUUGACCCAAAUUGACUACCUCAUCCUUCAAAAUGGAGAUUUUCAACCUUUUGCUACUUUUGAGUAUUAUGGUAGAGCACCACUUAGUUUCUGCAGGUUGUUUAGGUAAAUGCUGCAAUGCCCGUGACAUGAGUUGCACUUCCACCGACUGGAGGAUGGACCGCAUCUAUGGGAUGUGCUACUGUGACCGCGGUUGCGCCACAACGCGGGAUUGCUGCUUCGACUACUUCUCCCACUGCCCAGCCCAAGCUUGUACCGUGAACGCUUGGAGCUUCUGGAGCGGCUGCGCGGAAUCAUGCCGGCCCUCCUGGAGAGCACGAGUACGACACAUAACAGAGCGGCCCGCUAACGACGGCGACCCCUGUCCGCCCCUGGAAGAGCGGGCCGGCUGCAUGGACUACAGAGACCGCAGGGGAACCCCAUGUGGACUGGACACAGGGCCUGCGUUCAUUACUAGCAUGGAGUUUGGCAAGAGAAGACCAAAGAGGGACGUGCACGGGAGCCCUUUAAAUGACGGGUUCUGCAUAGAAUUCUCCUUGGAAUCACGCUCGCCUCACUGCGCGGCAGAGAACCGGCCACACGCGCACUGGAUGCGCUACUUCACCGAAGGCUUCACGGUGUGCGUGGCGUGCCAGCCACCCGCUAUGCGCAACCACAGCAGCAGCUGUCAAGGAGAUGGUCAAGAAAGAGACAGGGACACUGUGCUGCAAUGGCAGGCAGUAGGAAACCCCCGAUGCAGCGGCACAUGGAGGCGGAUCCGCAAAACGCAACAGUGCAACUGCCCGCCACAGCACAGCUUUGUAUUCAUCUAAUUAAGGACCACUUGAACUCUUUAACAGCGGGAGUGCGGACUCUGUGAAAUGGCAGACAGGAAAACAUUCCUACAUGUUUUAAAUCAAAAGGACCACUUUAAAGGCAUAUAUCCUAGGAGAGUUAUAGAAUUCCAUGUUAUUAUCUCACUGCCUGCCAUGGACGGUGAUAGACAUCUAAUCCAGGGAGGAUUUCGACUCUUAGAGCUUGUCAUUUCAAUUGCUUUUCGUAGAGGAUAAAGAAUAUACAGUGGUACCUCGACACACCAUCUUUUCCACAUCCGAUGUAAAAUUUGACUCGCCAUUUUACUCUACAUACGACGACAUACAGUGGGGCAAAUAAGUAUUUAGUCAACCACCAAUUACGCAAGUUCUCCUCCUUGAAAAGAUUAGAGAGGCCUGUAAUUGUCAACAUGGGUAAACCUCAACCAUGUGAGACAGAAUGUGGAAAAAAAAAAAAAAAAAAAAAACAGAAAAUCAAAUUGCUUGAUUUUUAAAAACAUUAUUUCCAAAUUAGAGUGUAAAAUAAAUAUUUGGUCACCUACACACAAGGAAGAUUUCUGGCUGUCAAAGAGGACUAACUUCUAACGAGGUCUAACAAGGCUCUACUCGUUACCUGUAUUAAUGACACCUGUUUUAACUCAUUAUCGGUAUAAUAGACACCCGUCCAAAACCUCAGUCAGUCACACUCCAAACUCCACUAUGGCCAAGACCAAAGAGCUGUCGAAGGACACCAGAGACAAAAUUGUAGACCUGCACCAGGCUGGGAAGACUGAAUCUGCAAAAGGUAAAUGCUUGGUGUAAAGAAAUCAACUGUGGGAGCAAUUAUUAAAAAAUGGAAGACAUACAAGACCACUGAUAAUCUCCCUCGAUCUGGGGCUUCAUGCAAGAUCUCACCCCGUGGCGUCAAAAUGAUAACAACAACGGUGAGCAAAAAUCCCAGAACCACACGAAGGGACCUAGUGAAUGACCUACAGAGAGCUAGGACCACACUAACAGUGAAGAGUUACAGAAAACGUUUGGUCUCCGUUAUUGCCAACAAAGGGUACAUAACAAAGUAUUGAGAUGAACUUUUGGUAUUGACCAAAUACUUCUUUUCCACCAUGAUUUGCAAAUAAAUUCUUUAAAAAUCAAACAAUGUGAUUUUCUGUUUUUUUUUUUCUUUCUUUCCACAUUCAGUCUCUCAUGUUUGAGGUUUACCCAUGUUGACCAUUACAGGCCUAAUAUUUUCAAGUGGGAGAACCUGCACAAUUAGUGGUUGACUAAAUACUUAUUUGCCCCAAUGUACUCGAAAUACGACGAUUUAUGGCAGCGCCGCAGUUUCCUUGUUUUGCCGCAAGAUGGACGCAUAGCGGAUUUUCAAGACGGGUUCGGAGAACGUUAACACAGUUGAUGAAAAAAAAAAGGAAAAAGGUGACGCUUACAAUUGAAAUGAAGAUGGAAAUGAUAGAAAAAUAUGAGCGUGUUGUGCACAGCCGUGAACUGGCUAUACCAGAGGUGGCAUACCCUGGUCCUCCGUUCGCCAAUCUUUAUAAGUUAAGGUGAAAAUGAUUAUUGUGGUAAAAUCGCCAAAAAAAUCUCCAGCUUAGUCAGGUUUCUAAUCGUUUAUUUCAGAACUUGUGCAACACAACAUGCCUACUGUCCGCCGCAGCUGAACAAAGUGAAAGUAAAAUCUUUUUUUUUUUUUUUUUUUUAACUAAUUAAACAAUGACAUUUUUGAUGACACUUAUUUGGAACACUUAAAUUCUUUAUUAAAGUACAAAUAACACGUAAAUAACAACAAUAAAUCACAUAUAAACAAUGAGGUCAAAUGCUGAUGGAAUUAACUAGUGCAAAAGAAUGGAAUGUAAACAGAUUCAGAACACUGACUUCUCCUUUCCAACAUGAUUCAAAACAAUUCUUAAAAAAAUAUCUAGCAUUAAUAUUAUAGUGUACUACUAUGUGUAAUAGUAUUAUAAUUAUUGCCAAUCAGAUUUUUCAUAAAGGGUGUGAUUUUAAAGCUAUUCUUAUUGUAGAAUCUUGAAUUCUGAUGUAUGUGGGAUUAACUCCAGAAAUCGUUAUUUACCGUAUUGGCCUGAAUAUAAGACGGUGUUUUUUGCAUUGAAAUAAGACUGAAAAAGUGGGGGUCGUCUUAUAUUCGGGGUCUAGACAUUAUACCCAUUCACGACGUUAGAUGGCGCCAGAUAUCAUUGAAGCGAAUGCUGAACUUGACUCCCCAGGCUAAACUGAAACCCUGACACGAAGGAGAAGAAAGCGGUAAGAAAGAAAAGAGAAGAAAAUAAUAGAAUAGUUUGUAUUUUUUAAUUGCAAUGUUUUUCCUUAUUCAGAUUUGUUUCAAGACUACAGGUAGACUUCACAGUUAUUGCAAUGUUGUUGUUUUAUCACAAUAGAUUGGUUUAUUUACAUUGCAAAAACCAAAAGCCUUUCAUUUACGAAUGUGAUUGCACUUUAGUUUACAUAUUUAAAUGUUCAGAUAUUAAGAUUUGAAUGAGGCAAAAUAACAUGCUUUUUCUAUCAAAUAUAUUGUUAUAAUAAUUUGUUUCAGAUGUACUUUAAUUAUUUUCUGUAUAAAAAUUAAUUUGGUGUUUAAAAAGUCUUUUUUCAAACUCGAGUCUUGAAAAAGAGGUGGUCGUCUUAUAAUAAGGGCCGUCUUAUAUUCGGGGCAAUACGGUAUAUGAUGAACAUGACGUGCUUUCAUUUUAAAAUGCUCACUGGAAGUACGUUCUCUAAACCUUACAAUCUACGAGUUUGUAAUUGUCUCCUGUAGUCUUCCAAAAUUACAACUGGCUGAUGGCGAUUUAGGUGUUCAUUCACGGCUGACGUGCAGCCAAGCUUGGCAUUGAAGAGACAGGACACAAAAGUGUACCCUCCUUUGUUUCGUUGAAAUAAGUCAAUGUUUGGCCACUCUGGUGCGCUUUUCUGACUUUGUGCCGCUUACUCCGCUUGCCUCCAACAUAAAAAAAAUCUCCUGAACCCCCAACCCCUUAAAAAUUUCCUCAUCGGAUCUACACAAUUCACGUAGGUCACCCGUUUUGACUUCAAAACGGCGAAUUUUGCCGAAAGGUGAGAGUUUUCAUGCCUGAAAUGUCCUCUCUCACUCAGUCAAGUCGUCCACGCGAUGUGUUCAGGUACACCACGCAAAACACACCCGCCACAACAGAACCCGAUUAGUUACAUUAUUACAGGUAUUAACAUUCCAAUUUUUAUUCAUAAUUUGUUUUGCUCUGCGUAAUUGCCAUUUGCAAUUGUACCAGCAGCAUUUAUUAAGAAUUUACUGUAGUAUUUUGGGCUGUGGAACAAAUCAAUGGAAUUAUAAUGUAUUCUUAUGUUAAAAUCCUGUUCGACAUCCGACCAUUUCGACUUACAAACAAGGUCCCGGAACGAAUUAAAUUCGUAUGUAGAGGUACCACUGUACGUGUACCAGAAUUUUUAUAUUCUCGGUUGAUGGCGAGAGAAGUCCAACCCAGUUGAACUGGGAGGGCUGACAGCGGCAAAUAGUUUGGACAUCGAUCGCCGUCAAUGGCAGCCAAUGAGUUUAAAACAAAAAAAAGUAAGUUAUAGAGCAUGUUGAUGGAGUUCACAAUUAAAAUGAUACAUAAAAUAUGGAAAUAAGAUACUCGAAAAAGAUUCUUUAUUAAUUGUAUAAGCAGAUCACGAGUGCGCUGUUUAGCUAGUUUAAACAACCAAUCACAGGGCACAAAUAUACUCGUCCUAUGAGAUUUGCAACCUGAUUGGUUAAAAAAAAUGUCCUUUGUUGAUUUUCAAGGCAGAUUAUAUAACAACAAACAGAGGCAGAAUUUUUUUAAACAUAAAUGCGACAAAAAGCAAUCUAUCAAAUGAAAAAAUAAAGACUGUUGGAAAUAAUUUAAUCCAAUUUAAGUUAAAAGAAACAAAAGAAGGUCAAGUUCCACUAUUCGCUAAUUCCUUGGCACAGCAAGUGAGUUAAUAACAGCUGAAAAUGUACAUUAUUCUUGAAGCUUCUGUGAGUUAACUCAAUGUUUUACUGGCCAAAUGAUGCCCUCUAGUGGCACACAGGGAUGCAUCGCAAUUGUAAUAAAAAAGAUUACAAAAAAAAAAAAAAAAAAAAUAAUAAUAAUAAUAAUUAAAGUUAGUCCACUUUGUCAGCUUUCUCCAGAACCCUCCAGCGGUCCUUGAGCAUGACGCCAGUGCGGCCCUCAAAGUCAUCAUCCUGCAGAAUUUGUAACCACUUGCCUUUACCAUGACGCUUGACCCCUCUCACCAGUUUUUCGUCUAGCGCGGAUGUCCAUUUCUACACAAUAAAUAAUAAUUAUUUAAAAAAAAAAAAAAACAACAACAACAACAUACAAAAAGGUGCAUUGAGGGUGGUUCUUUGUCGGUGCAACUUACCGUCCGCUGACGCCUCCCUUGACUGACAGAGGAAUUGUUUAGAUCUGGAAAGCAGAAAAUUGAGUGAUUUGGUAACAGCGGAAUGAGAUAACGACAGAACAAAAUACCUCUUUUUGUCAGUGGUCUGACGAAAACCUGUGCCUUCACCUGAGCGUCUGGCUCCCACAUUUUGUUCCGAGCGGAAAAAAGUUUGCGUUUGUUCCUGCAGGAGAGUGAAAAAUGGGGUUAAGUUUUUGUUUUGGUAAGAAAAAACUUAGAUAGGUGAGUAGAGUAGGAUUACUUCAAAAUAAUAUUACUCAAGCAAAAGUAGUCGUCCAAAAAAUGUACUCAAGUACAAGUGAAAACGUAUUCGGUGAAAAGAAUACUCAAGUAAUGAGUAACAUUUUGAGUAACUGCUUAUAAUUUUGUUGGAUUUUUUUUUAACAGUGGUAUUUUUUGUCUGAGCAAAAGUUACCAAUCUGGACUUUUGUUUUAAUGAUACUGUCAGUGUUGUCAGUAACGCGUGAGUUAGUAACUGAUUACUUUUUUCAGUAACGAGUAAUCUAACGCGUUCAUUUUUCUACACCAGUAAUCUGAUUAAAGUUAGUUUCCUUAGUGUCUCUGCGUGAC